AUGCCACUUAGUCGCUCUUCGCAUUUCUUAGCCCAUUCUUGCAAUGUCAAUUGCUUACGCUUUGGUCGCAAGUCGGAUCAAAGGAUUGCAACUGGUGGUGAUGAUAACGUGGUAAACAUUUGGCAAAUGUAUGAAAAGAAGAUGAAAAGGAUUCAAAGACUCUCGGGUCAUCAAAGUGCUAUUAAAAGCAUCGUGUUUGAUUCAAUCGAGCACAAAAUAGUGGCUGGUGCUCAAUCAGGAUCGAUUAAAGUGUUUGAUCUGGAAGCUGGUAAAGUAAACCAAACGCUGCAAGGACACAUGGAUGCAGUCUCUACUGUAGACUAUCACCUUUAUGGAGACUACGUGGCUUCUGGCUCGAGCGAUACCAUUGUCAAAGUGUGGGAUCUGCGUACUAGGAGCUGCAUGCAGACAUUCAAGGGCCAUUCAUCGGAAGUUACAGCUGUGAAGUUCACGCCAGAUGGACGAUGGCUUACUUCGGGUGACCAGGACGGUGUUAUCAGGAUUUGGGACCUUACGGCCGGUCGACUUCUUUAUGAAUUUCCUCACCAUGUUGGUGCUAUUACCAGUCUCGAAUUUAACCCGGAGGAGUUCAUUCUCGUUUCUUCUGCUGCUGAUCGCUCUAUUCGAUUCUGGGAUGUUCAAGAAUUUGCUUUGAUAGGCGUCACGCCUGUGGACAAAGCCACGACUACGUCAAUGUGCCACACAAUUGCAGAGCCGUACAGUGGCAAGUAUCUACUUUGCUGCUCGCAAGACGCGAUACGGGUAUGGUCGUACGAAACAGCGAUCGAGUGUCACGACAGUAUAGCGAUUCCCCGCCCGAAAGAGCUAGGACGUGUGUCGAUUCACGCCGACACAAUGAUGACGCAGGAUAUGAAGCUAAUGAGCGGAUGCAUCGAACAUGCUUAUGCCUCGGUGUGGAUGCUAGACGUGAUGCAAUUGCGUCCAUUUGAUCGUAUAGUCAACAAAAAUAGUGAUCAAAGAGCUGGCAAGGUCGGAAGCAGCUCCAACAGACCACCAUCGGCAAGAGUGGUCACUCUAUCCGAUUCAGCUCCUGCGAAUCAAUCUGUUAUUCGGUCUGCCGCUGUAGCUACUUUUGCAAACGUGUUUGACGUGCCAUUACCAGCUUCUCGUGGACCUGCUCAUGAAGUGUCCGAUGGUGUUACCCAAGCAACAGCUCUUGUAAUUGGGGAUCAAGUAUCUUGCAAUGUCAACCACCUCGAUGAUAUCAGCCCAGCUACUCCUGGAGUCGUAGUCCCUCUGACUGGAGCGAAUUCAAUUCCAUGUCCAGUACGCCGCACAGAAGACCCUCGUCAAUCAGUCGACGUACCUCGUCCAGCCAAUGCACGGAUAGGUGGUACUCCAAAGGACAUAGCACCACAACAACCAGAAGGGCCUUCAGAGACGCAUGAAAUUGCCGCACGACAACAGCGUGAUGAAGAAGUGGUGACGUCUGACUUUGUCAUGGAGCUACGCUGUGGUAUGGAUACAUGUGUGAAGGCAUUCAAAGCUCGACAGAAGCACAUUCAGCAGCUACUGGUUCACUGGGAAAAAGGUCGUCUGAACGAUGGUCUCCGGUAUAUUGGUAACUUACCAAAAGGAAAACGUGAGGCUGUUGUCGUGGAUGUGCUACGUAUUACAAGUUUGGAAUCUCUAGGCGUUGAUUUGGAGGCCUGUGUGCUGCUUCUUCCUCUCAUUAUAGAGGUGUUGGAAAGCAAGUUUGAAUUGUAUUUGAGUGUUGGCGUCGAGGCCGGACACAAAUUGUUUGAUGCGUUUUCUCCCAUUGUGAAAGACAGUCGAAAUGCGCGGCAGUGUCGCUCACGGACAAUCAAUUUUGCUGGGGAAGAAAGAGUCCAAUGGUGCAAUACUUGCGAUAGUUAUUUCCAAGAAAUGCAGCAGCGUGUUCAGUAUCUAGUGGAGACUUGUAAUUACUCUGCUAUACGAAGCAAAGUCCAUAAUCUUAUACGAGCACUCGACAAUUUCUAUAGGUGCUAA